UUCGGACGGGCUCGACUCAGCUCCAAUGAGAAGCUGAUGUUGGCGUCUAUGUUUCAUUCGUUGUUUGCUAUCGGAUCACAGCUGUCUCCAGAGCCUGGAAGUUCAGGGAUUGAGAUGCUGGAAACGGACGUGUUUAAACUCCACUGUUUCCAGACUCUUACAGGAAUAAAAUUCAUAGUGCUGGCAGACCCGCGACAAGCCAGCAUUGAUGCUCUCCUCAGGAAAAUAUAUGAGAUCUAUGCAGAUUUUGCUCUAAAGAAUCCAUUCUACUCACUCGAGAUGCCUAUCAGAUGUGAACUAUUUGAUCAGAACUUAAAAAGCGCCCUGGAGAUUGCAGAGAAGGCUGGCAACUUUGGAGCUGGGUCAUGAAGCAGAAAAUAAUCAUUUUUUAGUUCUUGUUCAUUUAUAAAAAAAUUUUGCUGUGUCCCAGUGACAAUACAAUGACUACACUGUAUAUACUUCUUGUUUUGUAAAUACUAUUAAACUCAAAUAAUAUUUCAA